AUGGCCGCCCCCCAGUACUCCUGGCAGACCUCCCUGACGAGGAACACGAAUAGUAGAGAAGAUGACCCGCGGCCGGACCUAGAGAAGCAGGCCGCCGUCGUCGCGUGCCUGAGGCGACGCGUCGGGCAAAAACCGCUAAAUGCGCAAAAGUUGAUAGAAGAAAUGGGCGCCGAUGCUGUCGAUUUGAGAAUUGAUUCUGGCGUGGAUGCCAUGCUGCGACGGAAUCCGAGAGUGCGAGUAGCUCUCGAUGAUGAAGGUGAAGCUACUUAUGUCUAUAAAGCGGCUCAUGACGACGUGCACGACUUUGAGUCGUUGGUGCAGUUCGUCGAGCAGGCCAAGGACGGUGUCAGGGCCGUGGAUUUAUAUGAUACGUACAUUGGAGCUGCUGACGACGUCGAAAAAGCGAUUGUUGCUGGGGAUGUGUUGGCUUGUUUUGAUGCAUCUAUCAGGAAAGUGUGCCUGUUCCCGCGGGGCCAGCCCUAUGUCGUCGGGUUGUCGAACGCUGUUAGAGAUUCUCGCGCUACGCUACAGACGAGAAGAGACCUAAGGGGAGAUGUGAGACGAGGCGAUGCCGUCAAGAUCGCCAAGGUCUCGCGCGGCGCCCACGAGCUCAUCAUGGACCGGUCGUCCGUGAAAUGGUUCCGCAUCGACUCCAAGGUGCACCAUAGCGGGGCCCAGCCGAAACGGGCGCAGCGACCGCUCUCCGCGUCGUCCUUGCGCGAAAUGCACUCCUCGAACGUUUAUGUCUCAGAGUACAACGAGCAGACCGUGCCCCUCGGCGUCGAUGAAGAGGAUGAAGAUGAUAGUGACGACGAGUACCCCGUGCACGUGUCCCUCGCGAAGCAUGGGUGUACCAAUGAUGUAAGAGCGCUCUGGCUGGAAACCGCCGAGCAGACGCCGACCGAUAGAUCAUUAUUGCAACGCAAGUUGGCCGAGGCCGACCUGCAGCACGGCUCUCUCCAAAGGCGCCCGCGCGGCAAGAAACGCAAGGAGGAGGAAGAGGCCAAAAAAAAAAGACGAAGGGUCAACCCGAAGUUCGCGAAGCUGACGAACACGCACCUCGCGGGGACGCCCAUCGGCGACGUGCUCCAGGCGGCGCUGGAAGGGAGAGAUAUCGAGGGGUCGGCGACGGGCGGGGCGCGGUUCGACGUGGCCUAA